AUGGAAAAGGACUCAAUCCGACCCCUGCGUCUCGUGGACCAGAAGAAGAAGGAGCUCACGGAUCGAUUCGAGAUGACCGACAUGGGAGAGGUAAAGCGGAUCCUCGGGAUCGACGUGCAGCGGGUCUACGAGCAAGGAACCCUGGCCAUUUCACAGGAGCACUACGUGAACACACUUCUGGAGCGGUUCGGAAUGCAAGAGGCCAACCCAGUGAGCACUCCUGGAUACGGAGCGGAAAUCUCCACGAAUCAACCUCAGGACCAAAUCCUAGGACCCACGGACAAGAAAAUUUACCAGUCGAUGACGGGAAGCAUCCUCUACCUGGCCCAGUGCACGCGAUUCGACCUCUCCUACGCUGCCCUACAACUUUCCAAGGCCUGCAGCAACCCAGCGCAGGUGAACAUGACAGCAGCCAAGCACGUUCUGCGAUACCUUCGGGGUAAUCCAGUUCUUCCUAUCGUCUACAAGAGAGGACAGUUUCGGCUAGCGGCGUUUACGGAUUCAUCCUUCGGAGCAAACCCCGACAACGGAAGAUCUACCACGGGAUAUCUCUUCUUUCUGGCUGGAGGACUCAUCAGCUACGGUGCGAAGACUCAAACUCUAACCGCGCAAAGCACGGUCGAAGCCGAGAUUCAAGCACUUAGCUACUCAGCCAGAGAGGCGGUCUACAUCUCAAAUUUCAUGACGGAACUCAACUUCAAGACCUUCGGAUCGGUUCCCAUCAACAGCGACAGCACCGGAGCGCUGACAGUGGCCGGGAAUGCCAUGCACUAUCAACGCACGAAGCACGUGGCCCUGAGGUACUUUUUCAUCCGGGAGCUAGUACUGCGGGGACAAAUCACUCUUCACCACCGGCUCAGCGAGUACCAGUUGGCUGAUAUCGCGACCAAGUACCUCCCAAAGCACCGAUUCGCCUCCAUCAUUCAGCAGAUCAACGACUUCUCGUGAUGAUCAAAGAUCUGUGAAGCUUCCUUCCAUACCCGCCAUACCAGAAGGAAUAUAUUUUCGAUACGAUGCCAACGGAGGGGUCGAGAUAGACAAGGAUAUGGUGAUGCCGUCGACCAUUGUGAAUUAGUUGCUUGAUC